AUGCGGCCGAAACAAAGAGGAUACGGUUUCUACUUCUUGGCGAUUGAAGUGGCGAUCUCAAGCAGCGGCAUUUAUACGAUUAUAUGCGAAAGUGGUAUCGAUACUUAUGGAUGUCUCUAUAAUGAAUCGUUUCUUGCAAACAGUCCAAAUUCGAAAUUAAUAGCCACAGAUGAUGACAGCGGUUCAAAAGGGAAUUUUAAGCUGAUAGCAAAUUUGACAACAACUGAGUCUAUGAUUCUCGUUGUUACCACAUGCAACGCUGAGCAAACUGGAGCAUUUAAACUUAUAGCCUACGGUCCAGAAAAAGCAAUUUUAACUCCGUACGUCACAAUACCACUUACUACAACAAGCACCUCUACAACAACGAGCGCCACUAAAUCAAGAAUCGGAGGUAGGUGA